AUGGCUGCUCCUGCUCCUGUUACCAUAGGCACAAGGGGCACUAUUGGAUCUCUAGUGAGGAAGGAAAUUGAAUACUUCACCAAAUUUGAGUUAGACAAACGAGGAAGUUCACAGAAACCUCAGCAGCACUUUGUGAACAUGGACAUGGUUUCUUUAGGCAGAAGCUUUUCCAUAUCCAGGUCCAGUUUCUGGUCCUUGCUUACAUCAAGGAAGAGGAGGAAGCAAAGAGGAACAAGUGGAUUCCUUCCAAAAAUUUGUUUUGUUGCAGAAGUAGCUGAAAGCAAUCAAUUACACAGAAUUCCUGGUUACAGCUACAGGAUCCUCAAGAAUGAUAUCAACAACUUUCAGCUCUAA